AUGCAUAAGCUAAGCUUAACACAGUGCCAUGAGCAAGUAGAUAGAGCGGAUGAUUUCUUCCAAAGUGCAAUUCAUGUUCGAAUGGGCGAAGGAGAUGAUGAUGAAAGUAACAGAGUAGAAAAAAAGAAAAAACAAUUUGAGGGAUUUGAAGGAAGUCCACAUCAGACGUUAACAAAUCAUUAUUACAUUCAACAUUUAUUAUGUUCGAUCAAUCAACAAACAGAUUUUGCUCUAUCGUUGAUUAAUAAAUUGAAUACAACAGAGUUAAAUUUUAUUCGUGAUGAUGUUGAUCGUUCGCUGCUACAUCUAUGUGUUGAAUUAGGAUGGUUAAGAGCUGUUGAAAAAUUGUUAGAUAAACAGGUUGAUGUCAACGUUCGAGAUAUAGAACAACGUACGCCCAUUAUGUUAACAUUAAAACUGAAAACAACCGAAAUAUUAAAACAUUUACUCAAACAUCCACAGAUUAGUUUAAAUAGUCAAACAGUUGAGGGUUUCACAGUAUUACAUUUGGCAUGUAUUGCCGAUAAAUACCAACAUUUGAAAUUAUUAUUAAAACAUUUCGAUUUACAACUGACUAUUGUAGACUUAACUGGAAGAAAUUUUUUUCAUUGGUUAGCCGAAUUUAAAAGUAAAAAAUGUUUAAAAUUAAUUAAACUCCAACAGCAGGAUGAUAUGCUUAAAACAUUGAUAAAUAUGAAAGAUGCCAAUGGACUAACACCAUUGAUGAUUGCCAUUCGUCAUUGGCCACAAAGCGCAUUUGUAAGACAAAUGUUAGUAAUGCCAUCAAUUAAUGUUAAUAGUCAAGAUAAACAUGGUAAAACUAUCUUACAUUGGGCCAUUUUUGAUCAUAGGUUAGUCAAAUAUAUUCUCGAUAAAUGUAAUACGCUUAAUGUCCACAUCGAAGACGAAUUUGGACAAACGGCAUUAGAUUAUGCGCAAACACAACAAUUAUUUAAAACAGUCGAAAUACUUAAACGUUUCUCAUAG